AAAAGAAAAAAACGGCUCACGGACGGGAGCCGGCUCUUAUGGUUCACUUAAAAGAGCCGGCUGUUUGUACCGGCUCGUUCGUGACCGACACAUCACUAUUCGUCAUCUCAACGGUUUUGGCGGCGUUUGUGAAAAUUUGUGACCCGGAUGUUCGAUUCAUUCUGUCAACUUUAACUUUCCAAACAGCAAAACAAUGGAGCGUGGAAGGAGGAGUCGAGCAGCAAGCAGCAGACUAUCAGAGCUGCCUAUGCGAGUGCAAGACAGCAAUAGGAUGAGCAUGGUGUAUACAACUCCCAAGAGUAAACAGCCUUCCUUUGGAAAGCUCAACAUACCCAAGCCGCAGUCUGGGACCUCUGAAAGGCGGACCAGCUUCUUUGGAGCCCGGACUGCCAGCAUGCCUCGCAACAGCACCAUGUCAGGGUUUGGAGCAUCUGAGAAGAUCAAAGACACCAGACCUCUGCAUGAUAAAUCCUACGUUCAGCAAUGUAUCAGACAGCUGCAUGAGUUCUUGACAGAGCACGGUUACCCAGGCACUUUGUCAUCCAAGACCCUCCAGUCUCCCUCUACCAAGGAGUUUGUGAAGAUAUUUGAGUUUGUCUACCGUCAGCUAGACCCGACAUUUGAGAUGCCAAACUCAAAAGUUGAGGAGGAGGUUCCAGCUAUCCUAAAAGCCCUGAGGUACCCAUUUGUUCUCUCCAAGUCUUCAAUGUAUUCUGUUGGAGCUCCCCACACCUGGCCUCAGGCACUUGGUGCUCUCAUGUGGCUAAUUGAUCAAGUCAAGAUCAACUGGUGUUUGAGCAAGCAGGACCUUCUGUUCAGUGACUUCGGUGAAGACACUGAUGUGAUCGAGGAAGGGGCUGAGUAUAACAAGCUCCUCCUUGACUACACAGCUGAGGCAUACUCCAUGUUCAUGCAGGGUGAAGACACAUUUGAGGAUCUGGAUGAAAUGCUUCUCAAUAAACUGAAGAAGCUUUACAACGUCGACGAAGCCCUGCUGGCCGAGAUGGAGGAGAAGAACAGAAUACUCAACGAGGAGGUUGAACGACUGGAGAAGGACAGCCAGACGGACCGCCUAAUGACCAAGAGGAUUGAGAGGGUGCAGCGGCAGGCAGACCUCAAGAAACUCCAGAGUUAUAAAAGCAACCUGGACAUCUUUGAAGCCAACCUGCAGAACCGAACUUCAGAACUGAGCGAUGAGCUGGAGACCACUGGCAGUCAUCUGGUGUCUCUAAAACAUGAGCAAAAUGAACUGCAACACCUCCUGCAGAACCAGAAGUUUACUCCAGCUGAUGUCGAGAGGAUCAACAGAGAGAAGAAUGAACUCCAACAGACCAUCUCCUGUCUCAGCAAGUCUCUUGAAGACGCUGAACAGCACAAGUGGAAUGAGGAGAUCGCUCUGGCCAAAGUGAAAGAGAAGGCGGAGCUGAAGGUGGCAGAGUAUCAGAAGCUGGCACGUAAACUGAAGCUGAUACCACUGUCUGCAGAGAACGCCUGUGGUCAUGAUUUUGAGAUCAGGUCGUUUGAAUUUGGACCCGGCAACACGGUUCAGCAUAAUACACAGAUAAAGAUGGUCCUUAGAAAGCUGCUCAGUGAUGUGGAGGAGGAGAACAGUCGAUUAGCCAACAUGAAACUCAGUAUGGAGGAGUCUAAAGAACAGGUGAAUUCUAACAUGGUGGACAAGUCCAAUGACCUGAAGCAGUUGAAAGAGCAGAUUCGCAAGCUGGAUGAACGGUUGGAUUCUGACAUGCAGGAGCAGGCCCAUGAGGAACAGGGCUGGGCAGCAGAGAUGGAGUCAAUGGAGGGCCAUCGUGCACUUCUUGAGAAGAAGGUUAAUUGUGGUUACGACGACGCCGUGCAACAACUGAAGGCAGCGCAACAACAGUACCACCUGGUGCUGCAGGAGACCAAUGAGGAGAGACGAAUAGUAGCCAACAACCUCGUCUCUGUAUUUACCACAGCUGCUAACCACUUGUCAGUCACAGAGAAGUGCCUGGAGGAUCUGCACAGGAGAGUGCAGCGUCUCUGCGCUAAGACCGUGGAGGAGGAUGAAGCUGAUCUGCAGAAGCUGAGGGAAACUUUGAAGAGCUUCAAGUCCAAGGCUAACGUUGUGUAAAAUAAGGUGAAAGGAUAUAGAGGCCUUCAAGUCUGCAGGGGGCAGAUAAUAUCAGAGACUAUGGAAGUGUGAGGGAGUUCUCCCUGUCGUUUGUGCUUUUAGCUUGUUUCCACCUGUGAUUCAAUUAGUUCUGAACAAGUUUUGGAAAUGUAUCAUAUGACUUAUAACCUUAGAUUAACAAGAAAUGUUGCAGUCAGUUUUAUUUGUAUUAAUGAUUCAGUUUUAAUUCCAA